AUGGAGGCAAAUAGACGAGAUGACGAAGACAUGGAAGGGCAAGAACUACAUCAUCAGCAGCAGCUGAAGAAGGUGGACCUAACUAUAAUGAAGGUUGGUGAGAUAUUCAGUUUAGAGUUAUCGCAACUCAAGUAUCUUACAUUCAUGAUUAUGGGAGUUGCAUUGUUAUGGCCAUGGAAUUGUUUCUUAUCUGCAUCGGCAUUUUAUGGGACCAGGUUUCUGAAUACUUUGUCUCUCGUUAAGAUAUACUCUUCAACGAUGAUGUCAGUAUCAACAAUUACUUCAACAGCAUACAAUUUUUAUCUUUCUCAAAAACAAACUGGUGUGAAUUAUCGCAAAAGAGUUCAUAUUGGCCUCAACAUGACCAUAUUCAUAUUUGUAUUUAUGGCAAUAACCUGUGUUGUACAACUACUUAUCGAUAUGGAUGAUACUGCAUUUUUUAUCAUCUUGAUGUUCAUGGUGUUUUUGUCUGCAGCAGCUACAUGCUUGGCCCAAAAUGGAGUUAUGGCCAUGGUAAAUGUGAUGGGAAGUCGCUACGCGAACGCAGUAAUGGUUGGUCAAGCCAUAGCGGGUGUUUUACCCUCCUGUGCGCUUAUAGUGUCAGUACUUCUUGUUGGUGAAAAAGGUCUGGAGGAGAAACAUAAAAUCGAAAAGGACUUUGGUGUCUUUAUGUACUACAUCACCGCUAGUUUGAUCUGCAUAGUUGGCCUAAGUUUGUUGUAUUUGGUAACACAGUAUGAGAGUGGAUUAGAGUACCACAAGCUUGAUCAAAUCACCCAAGACGACAAUGUUUUUCCUGAAGAAGAAGGACAAGAAGAAGAAGAACGGGAAGAACAGGAAGAACAGGAAUUGGUUGAUUCAAUACCCACACAAAAGCAAUUUGUACCCUUUUUCCAGUUAUGGUCAAAAUUGAAGCUCAUAGUCAUGACCAUUUUUUUCACUUUUAGCAUUACUUUGGCGUUUCCUGUUUUUGCAUCAGUUGUCGAGUCGAACCAUACUGAGCUGAAGUUUAAAUUAUUCAACAAACAAAUAUUUGUACCCUUUAUCUAUCUAAUUUGGAAUCUAGGUGACUUGUUAGGGAGGGUACUGUGCGGGUUCCCAAGGUUGAACAUGGUUGUCACAUCUCCAAGAAUAUUAAUAACGUACUCGUUAGCAAGAUUGGUGUUUAUUCCAUUGUUCUUGACGUGUAAUGUACAUCCAGGUGUAUCCGAACCCUUGAUCAAGUCUGAUAUUUGGUAUAUCUUGUUGCAACUAUUGUUUGGAAUUUCAAACGGACAAUUGUGUACAUCGUCUUUUAUGAUUGUUGGUAAGCACUGUGAUACCGAUGACGAGAAAGAGGCUGCUGGCGGCUUCACUAGUGUCUUUUUGAGUGUAGGGUUGGCGGUAGGUAGUAUUUUUAGCUAUCUUCUUGUGCUUGUGGUGAAUCAAUAA